AUGAAAGCUAUUUGCCUUUUCUUAUUACUGCAAAUACUCAAUGCACAAUUCACAUGCACUGAACCAAUUGAAAUUGACCCAUAUACCAAAGACUACGACUCAGGAACUUUUACAUUAAAUGUUGGAAACUCGAAAUGGAAUUGUAAUGGAACUGAAAUCACACAAGGCAGUUACGUAUUUGCUUUUACACCAGCUCACAAAGCUGAGUUUGUUAUAAGCACUUGCUAUCCUGAAACUUUAAUAUCACCAAGAAUCAUUGUUGGUACAAUGUGCGGUAAUGAUGUUCUACAACAAUGUGUCAAUGCUGAAGAUGCCACUUUGGAGGCAUGUGAAGGACAUAGAUCAAGAAUUAAAUUCACAGCAACAGAGAAACAGAAAUAUUAUAUCAUGGUCACAGGAACAACCGCUAUAGAAAAUGGCCAAUUUAGAAUGGUGGUUUCCAAAACUGUCGAUUACAAUAACGUCUAUUGUAACAACGCAGUUGGAAUUGAAGUUCCAAGUACUCAAACUUUUACUACAACUGCUGAUGCUUCAUUUGAUUCAUAUCAGAACACCAGAGGGUACUGGUUCACUUUCACUGCAGAGCAAGAAAAGAUCUACAUAAACACAUGCAACAAGUUCACAACAGUUGCCGCUGCUUUGUAUCUUUUUGAAGCAGAUAAAAUGAAUUACACAGAUACAAGAUGCCGAUACGACACUGCUAUUAUCUCUGAUAAAUAUGGGUGUGGUAACAGUGGAAGACUUGCCAAGACCAUUGUAGUUGGAACGAAAUACAUGUUGUAUGUUACUUCAUCUGAUGACACUGAGACAUCACCAAACGUUGGAUCCAUCCAAUUAUACAUAUCAUACGAAGCAGAUGCAUCUACAUGUGAAAAGGCAUAUGCGAUUACUUCAGUUCCAGUCACUGUUACAGUCUCUUUGAAAAAUAUGGACAAGACCACUACUUCAUGCAAAACAGAGAAUUAUGGAUUUUAUGCAACAAUUAAAGGAGAUGGAGAAAGAUAUGCAAUCCAUACUUGUGCAACUUCUGGUGGAAUGGAUUCAAGCGUUGAACUCUUUGAUGGAAGUUGUGAUGCCUGUGAUACCACUGACAGAAAAGCAUGUGGAUCAGGGAAGUACUAUAUCAAAACAUUAGAAAUAGGUAAGGUGUACUAUAUAAGAGCAUCUUCAACUACUAAUAUUAAUCCUAUCACUUUGACCAUAUCAAAAGUCGGAGACACUGAUAACUAUCAGUGCUCUGCUGCCAAAGAAAUCUCUGUUAUGAACAAAGGAGACAAAUUCUCAAAACAAUUAAUUGGAGCAACACAUCUCACAUCAGAGAGUGGAUGUAUGAUGGCAUCCAACAAACAAGGAGCAUGGUACAAAUUGACUGGAAUUAAAGACAAUGUCGAGGUCGUUGUCAGUGUAUUACCAGGCAACACACAAUACUACAACACAUACAUUGAGAUUAACGACGAUUGUUCCUCUCCGUCACUCUGUUCUGAAUUUAGUAACACUGCUCAAUUCACUUUGAAUAAAGGAAAGACUAUAAACAUCUUUGCCACAGCUCCUUUGGCGAAUCAAGCAAGUGUUUCAGAAGCUUUGCCGGCCUUUGGUGAAUUUAUGUUAUUCAUUGGAUAUGGAAUGGAAAAGAAUGGAAAGACUAUCGAAGAUAGAAUCGAGGUGUCUCUCCCAUACACUGGUAUUGCUUUAUUGGGCAAUUCUUACCACAAUUGGCCAUGUUGGCAAGUUAGAUACACUGUUGGUCUCUACUAUGGAUUCAAGAUUGAAGCGGGUAAGUCAUAUGCAAUUAACACAUGUGGUGACGAGACUACAAAUUUGGUUGUUCCAGAUGUCUCUGGUGAUUACACGGCUCCUGAUUGGAAGUGUUUGUUAGAGUCAAAUUUUGUUCCAACAUGUGGAAAUGGUGGAUAUGUCAAAGUGAAUGUACCAUCAGUAUUAAAAGAUAUGAAUGGAUUGGUCUCCAUUCACUCUUCAUAUGAAGAACAUGCCAAAGAAGUUGCAAGAGUCAAUAUUUAUGAAGAAAACGCCAUUCAACCCAAUGCAGAAUGUACUUCGGCUGAGGCAGUUUCUGUUCCAUCCACUAAGUAUUUCAACACAAUGUACUCUUAUUCAUCACGUAGAGUAUGUGGAGAGACUAUUGAUGGUAUUAAAGGUGUUUGGUAUACUGUCACUGCUACAAAGGAUAAAAAGCUAUCAAUUAAUACCGACGACAUCACUUCUUUUGUCUCCCAUAUAGGUGUCUACAAGUCAUGCCAAACGAAGCUUCAUGAGUCAUUGCCAUCGGAAUGUUUAGCUUAUGGAGAUCACAAAGAUCUUCCCAUUGGUGAAAGGGGGACAUCAGUUGAGUAUGAUAUGAAGAGUGGUGAGACUAUUUAUGUCUUUGUUGGUGCUUAUAAGAACACAGAAGAUGGACUUGGAAGAAUAUCAUUCAAAUGGUUUGGAGAAGAAGAAAAUGAUGACGAUGAUGUAUCUUCUGAAAGCAAAAGUGUUGAACCAAAAGAUGAUGGACUUUCUGGUGGAGAAAUCUUUGGUAUUGUUUUUGGAGUUAUUAUGAUUAUUGUUGUGAUCGCUGCUAUUGUUGGUGUUAUAAUGUUCUUUGUUAUUAGAAGCAAGAAAACCCAGUAUGGCGGAUUUUAA